CACCUUGUAGUGUUUCAUGCCAAAUCACUGCUUUUGCAUUCUCAAAGUACAAGCUCAGUGCAACUUUUCCUCUUGAUAUUUCAUAAUCUCUCCUUCUUCGUCCAUCUAUCUAUCAUUCGCUCACACAAAAGAGUUCCCAGAUAAUUUUUUUUGAUAGCGAUCUUUAAAUCUAGCCUUAAAAUACCCUCUCGGUCUGUUUGGCUACUUCAUAAACUGUGUAGAAAACCAUAAGUGUACAGUUUUUACAUAGGAGUGAAAAGAUGAAGAACAGAGCGUCUGCGUUGUUGAAGCAAAUCAUAGCUACUCUGAAGUCAAUGGCAAAGUCGAAAGCCUUGGCUCUGAAGACAAAGACAAACGCCAUCAAGACGCGCCUGGUCAUAUUCUCAUUGCUGAGGAAUAAGAAGUUUCUGAUGAGCUCCAUUUCCCACAAGCUGCGGUCUGUUCUGGGACAUCAUUCCUAUCCCAAAGAUGAUAGCUUUCUGGAGGACGGAUGCGACCAGAGCAGGGUGACGGUGAGCCACGACGAGAAUGCCCACUCCUGCGAGGCCCUGCCCAGGCGCAUGAAGAUGGAGACAGUCUCGUCAGAGGAUAAAGGUGAAGAUGGGUAUGAAAGUUGCUAUAGGUAUGAAGAGGAAGAGGAGGAUGAGAAGUACCCGGAUCUGACACACACUCUGUUCGACACAGAGGAUUUCGAGGGCUCUGUUAUUGAUAUGGUGAAGAGUUCGAAGGAGGCGGCCGGGGAAGAAUUCAAACUGGAGGACGACAUAGACCACGUGGCAGAUUGGUUCAUCAAGAGAGUCCACGACGACCUGAUGUUGCAGAAGCAACAGUCAAUCAAGAGGCACAGGGAGGAGAUGCUAAAGAAUAACGACGAGUGAAUUCCAGAGUCAGCCAGAUAUUGAUCAUAUUUAGUGGGUUAAGUUCAUCUUCGUUUGUGAUGGCAUUCAGAUUACUAAAUAAGGAAUACCCGCGAGCAAGGGUUGUGAUGCGGAGUGUUCUGAUACUAAUACGGUGCAAGACGAGAAGAAUUGGGAAGUCGCGUGGGGUUGGGGACGGUGUGAUGGAUGGCUACAGAUUAGAGCGGGUUAAAGUAACUCCAUAAGCCUGUGACCAUGAAAAUUAUGUAUAGACCGCUACAGCCAUGAAUCCCAGAUAAGCUGUAUAUUUCUUAUAUCAUAGGAAUUUUGAAACUUGAGUGAAACAAGCAUGAAUUGUGGUUGCGAAUUGCGGAAGAAAAGAGAAAUCUCUCCGCGGAAACAAAGAUAAAGUGGGGGCACGACAGGAAGAAAAGAAGACACAGUCCCCCCAUAAAGCGUUUACGGCUCCCACCACUGGAGUUCCUUUUUUUUUUUUUUAAAUUGUGAAAGAUGAUAAUAUAUUUUAUUUUAAACUGGA